CGUCUUCGUGCGAGCCAGUUUGAGGUCAACCCUGGACCCAGUCAGUUGAGCCUCCGGAGAACUCUCUCAUCUCUCAGUGUCAUCGCUAGCAACAUCCCACAAUCCCUACGUGUUUCAUACCUCUCGUACUGUGGCUGUUUUUUUUGUUUCAUUAGUUAGCAGUAUCUAUUGUUUUCGUGUCAAAGAAAUACACUCGAGGGCUGAUUAUUCAACGGCAAGGUGCACAAUUGUGAAACAAGAACGGCCGCAUCAUGCGGAAGACCGGGCAUCGCCAGUGGCGGACACGCAACUUUAUCCACUUCAUAACGGCAUUGAUAAUUCUCAUAGCUACUUGUGCUGCGGCAGAUCAAACGGAUGACGAAUCGCGACUUGUCGUUAUCAAGAGAGGCAGAAACGGCGGAAAUAAGCGGCCACCCGUAAAUCGUAAGCAAUCAUCACAACAAUUGUUGACGCAUUCCUUUUUCGUUUACAAAAGUCCCGACGAAGUUACUCUCGAAAAAGAGAAAACUCAAACGGUUAUUCUUGACACAAAUUACCUGCCUCCCGUGCAGCAAUCAUCCUCAGUUGUUUCUUCACCUUCUGUGGCUCUUCCCGUAAAUGAACCCAGUUUGGAUUACCUUCCGCCUCAGCCUCCGUCUACGGAAAGUACGACGAAGAAGCCCACCAUAUUCUUCCCUCCUCCGGCGAGAAAUCCAGAAAGCGAUGCAUCAAAUGUUUCUCUUUUCGAUACGACCGAUAAACUUGUCGCUUUGGAGCCAACUAACGAAUCAACGAACAAGGUGAACAGCGCGCCAUUGUCGUUAUUUGAUGACAACAUUAUUCCCCCGGCAGGUGUAGUCGAAAGGAUCGUCGUAAAUAACAGUAAAAAUAAACAGCAAACACAGAAGAACCAAUACACUAUUCCGAGCCAAGUAGUUAAAGAUCCGAGGCCGCCCAGUCCACCAGUUUACGAUCGCCAAGAUGAUAGCCUUUUCGAUUUGGAAUCCAGUUAUGAGGAUAACAAGCCAGAGCAGAGUCCUAACUUGCCGAGCUCUUCGUAUAAUCGGCCCACCACUACGAAAAAACCCAAUAGCCCAUCGCUGUUUGAUUCGUACUCAUAUGAUGAUUCAAAGUUCUCUGCACCGGCUGCACCCUCGAGUUUUGAACCAUCGCGACCAUCGAUUUUCAUUGAGACAAAUCCACCAGCAGCACCCGCAUAUGCUGCAGCUGCACCUCCAGCCGCCCCACCAGCAGGUCCUCCUUCACCUCCAGCGAUUUUCGUUCCAUCGAACGGUGAUUACAACCAAGUUCAUUUGACGUGGGCACAACUUCACGCUAGUUUAACUCCUUCGACCGAUGCCGCGAGUUUAGUGUCUUCCAUUACUAACAGUGGCAAUACUUAUGUCACCAGUGGUAGCGGAUCUGGGCCCGCUCCUCCAGUAGGACCUCCAGCCCCACCUGUUAUUGGUCCUCCAGCUCCUCCAACUCCUAUACGGCCACCAUCUCCGACCGUUGUCCCAACACGUCCAGGUGGAAUUGGUUCAACUAUUGGCUCAACAAUCGGUUCAACAAUAGGUUCCUUAAUUCCAGGUGGCAUUGGGUCAGGCAUUGGCUCAGCUAUCGGUUCAACGAUUGGGUCUCUAGUGCCAUUCACUCCGCAACCUCCAGCUCCUCCGCUCACCUUUGCACCUUCAUUGUUUGACGGAAGAACAAAUUCUUACGGAUCAACAUUCGCCACUGCUGGAGCUCCUGCUGCCCAACCGCAAUUGUAUCAACAAGAGCAGCAGCAAGAACAACAACAGUCUCCCACUUACGUUCUUUUGCCGGCUAGUCCACCAGCCCCAGCUGGGCCACCUUCAAGUUAUAGCCCUUCCUUCGCAAGUCCACAGCAACAACAAGAUCAAUUUCCCAGUUACGUUUUUGUACCGGCCAGUGCACCAGUGGGGCCUCCAGCAAGUUACAGCCCAUCAUUUUCCGAUGUUCAACUGCAACAACAAGAAAAGCUUCCGCGCUACGUUCUUCCACCGGCCAGUCCACCAGCAGACCCGCCAUCAAGUUAUAGUUCUUCAUAUUCGAGUCCUCAACAGCAACAACAGCAGAGUUCGCCAGCUGGACCAACCAUCAUCAUUUACUCGGGAUCGUCCUCUUCUCCUAGCCAACAAAGUGACUCAGGAUCGCAGUACGGUGGACAAUCAUCAUUCAGUAGCCCACCAUCUAAUCCUCAAUCUUACCAAGAAUCCUUUAGCGCCCCUCCAGCCAAUCCAUCGUCCUAUCAACAAUCCUUCAGUAGCCCCCCACAACAGUAUUUCAGCAAUCCCCCUGCAGCUCCUUCUGCUAAUCCCCCAUCAUACCAACAAACUUUCAGCAAUCCGCCUGCUCCACCUCUAGCCAAUCCUCCAUCGUACCAGCAAUCUUUCAGCAGUCCACCUGCAAAUCCGCCAUCUUAUCAGCAAUCCUUCAGUAACCCACCGGCUGCACCUCCUGCUAAUCCUCCAUCAUACCAGCAGUCAUUUAGUAGUCCACCUGCAAAUCCUCCAUCGUACCAGCAGUCAUUUAGUAGUCCACCUGCAAAUCCUCCAUCGUACCAGCAGUCAUUUAGCAGUCCACCUGCAAAUCCUCCGUCAUACCAACAAAUUUUCAACCCACCGGCUGCAGCUCCUGCCAAUCCUCCAUCAUACCAGCAAUCUUUUAGUAGUCCACCUGCAAAUCCUCCAUCAUACCAACAGACUUUCAGCAAUCCACCGGCUGCGCCUCCAGCGAAUCCUCCAUCAUACCAACAGACUUUCAGUAACCCCCCGGCUGCACCACCGGCCAAUCCUCCAUCGUACCAGCAAUCUUUUAGCAGUCCACCUGCGAACCCGCCAUUUUAUCAACAAUCCUUCAGCAAUCCACCAGCUGCACCUCCAGCGAGUCCACCAUCUUAUCAACAACCAUUCCUUUCUCCACCGGCAAAUCCUCCAGCGAACCCACCUUCGUUUAAUUACGAAUCUUUCAGUCCAUCUUUCAAUCCUCCGUCUGCCCCUAGUUUCAAUCCUCCGUCUGCCCCUAGUUUCAAUAACUACGCACCAGCUACUCAGCAAACUUUCAAUCCUCCAGCGGCUCCUAGUUCAACCAAUUACGCUCCGUCUAGCCAACAGUUUUUCAGCCCGCCUCAACCUCAGGCAGCUCCGCAGCCGCCUGCACCUCCACAGCCACCAGCUCCUCCGCAGAGCCUUUUCAAUUCUUACGGCGAGCCCAUUGGAUUGGCUGGAGUGCCAAUCCGACCUAGCGCUCAGCAACAACAACAACAACUACCCAGCUAUGUUCUGUCACCAGCCAGUCCGCCAGCACCGGUAGGUCCUCCGGCAAGUUACAGCUCAUCUUUUUCGAGUCCUCCAGCACAAACUUUUCAGGAUCCUAUUCCAGUUUCCAAUCCGUCUUAUCAAGUGGCUGUAUUAUCACCACCUUCGGUAACUUACGUUCAACAACAACAACCUGUUAUUCUCCAACAGCAACAACAGCCUGUUUUUCUCCAACAGCAACAACAACCUAUCGUGGUCCAGCAACAACGACCGGUUGUGGUACAACAACAACAGCCCAUCGUUGUCCAGCAGCAGCAGCAAGCGCCCAUUCUUGUCCAACAACAGAGACCCGUCUUGGUUCAACAGCAGCCCGUUCUCGUUCAACAACAACCAGUCGUCGUCCAACAACAAAGGCCGGUCGUUGUCCAGGAACAACAACCCGUCUUCGUUCAGCAGCAACCGCCUGUUCUUCUUCAACAACAACCUGUUGUAGUCCGGCAACAACGGCCCAUCAUCGUGCAGCAACAAGCACCGGUAUAUGCCCAACAACAACAACAACAAUCCUCUUAUGAUAGUUACCAACCAUCUUACCAACAGCCGGCUUACCAGCCAUCGUUCCAGCCAUCGUACGAGCCUGCUUAUCAGCCCGUUAUUCAACAAGUCGCACAGCCAGUUCUUCAACCCGUUGUCCAGACAGCCGUUCUGCAGCCAGUUCGGGCAGUCUUCGAUCCCGUUUACCGUCCAGCUGCGCCCACGCAAGUAUUCCGUGUGCCCUUCAAAGCACAGAAGAGCAAUAAAGCUAAGGCAAAGGGUAAAGAAGGCAAAGGCAGAGAUAAGUUCAAAAGCAAAGGAAAAGGUCCGUCCAACACGUACGACGCUCCAUCCAAUAGUUACGGAGCGCCGCCAUCGUAUAAUUACCAACCAUCCGCUCCACCAGUCAAUCCUCCAGCACAGGACGAACCAGCAUUCGAUAGCCUUGUGGAAGUAUUGCAGCCGCAGUUAGACAUUCAAUACCAGUACAAAUAUUCUGGACCACCAAUUAUGGGACGCGGUGAAAAAGCAUCCAAGAAGCUCAAGAAACUCUUCUAUAAGGGAGCCAUCCUUUUGGGCGGAUUAGGAGCUAUUACAGCUGCACCCAUCGUUCCUGGAGUCAUCGGUGGCAGGAAGAAACGUGAAACUCGACAGCGGGACGAUAUCCUGCUACCCAAUUUGACUCCUUCAACUGAGAUGAUGCAAGAUUCAUACAGUCCCAAUCCUAAAAUCAAACAGGAUUUAUUGGCAGCGGAGAAAGUUAUUUCCCAUUCGGAUAAUAACUCGUCGUUGUUUGACAGCUUGCCGUUCCAGGGAGCUCCCAUUCCAAAGAAAUUGCGCAAAGAGCUUGCACGUUAUCUGCCGCCAGCUGAAGCCAUCAACGACGCAGAGUGCCUUCAGAAAUCUUUCUGUGAAAAUCUUAUCGAACUGAAUGACUCACCUUUUCAGGACAGUUUUCUCUUUUUCUACGCAGCCUUGUCACCUGAAGUGGACACGAACCCUUGGUUGCAGCAGUCAUUGACCGCUGCCAAGAAACAAAAGUGCAGUGAAUUUUAUUGCAUUAAAAAGACGGAAGUGAAUGAAGAGGAAGGUUUGGAUGCUGAUGAUGACAACACGAGUGGAACAAAAUCCGAUCAACCUACAGAACCUGAAGGACCGCCAUUAACUGCUUAAUUGCGGGAACAUCAUUAUUGUUUAUCAUGUAUACCAUAUACGCAUUUUUAGUAGGAUGGAAUGAUGUUUUUGUAUUCUUAUCUCAUUCGCCGCAAUGCACGUCAAAGUAGACUAACUCCAUUUUCAUUAUCAUUGACAUAGCCUGUAAAGCCAAACAACAAAGAAGUGCAUAUAGCUCACAGCAGGCCUGGAGUCAAUACAUUCUAUAAUUUUCA